AUGGCCGCCCUCCAGCAAGCCGCGUGCGUUAGCCUACAGACGGCCUUCACGGGUCAACGUCUGAGCGCGGGUGGCGCAACAGCCGCGCGCGUCUCCAUCGCGGCUCCCAAACCCGUCGCGCCCGCACGCGCGCUUCUCGAUGACGGCGGGUCAGUGGGCAUUGCUGUUGCGGGCGGCGGUGCGCUCGCGGCACUCGCGACGGUGCUCUCCCUCGCCGACCCGGAGAAGAGGCGACAGCAGCAAGCGGAGGAAGUGGGCGGCAACGAGAUGGAUGCGGUGCGCAACUACUUCAACACGGCGGGGUACGACAGGUGGCGCCGCAUCUACGGCGAGACAGACGACGUCAACUCCGUGCAGCUGGACAUCCGUCAAGGCCACGCGCAGACCGUCGAAAAGGUUCUGAGGUGGUUGAGGGAGGAGGGCUCGCUGGACGGCGUCACGGUGUGCGAUGCGGGAUGCGGCACCGGCAGCCUGUCCAUCCCUCUGGCGCUGGAGGGAGCCACAGUGUACGCCAGUGAUAUCUCUGCCGCCAUGGCGGGAGAGGGCGCGGAGAGGGCCAAGGUGGCGCUGGCAGAAGCGAAGACGGCGAAGCAGCUGGUGAUGCCGGUGUUCGAGGCCAAGGACCUGGAGUCCAUCGACGGGCAAUACCACACUGUGACGUGUCUGGACGUGCUGAUCCACUACCCACAGGACAAGUCAGACGCCAUGAUCGCCCACCUCGCCUCGCUGGCCACGGACAGAGUCAUCCUCAGCUUCGCCCCUUACACGCCCUACUACGCCUUCCUCAAGCGCGUGGGCGAGCUGUUCCCCGGCCCGUCCAAGGCCACCCGCGCCUACCUGCACUCGGAGGAGGAGGUGGAGGGCGCCCUCAAGGUGCCACACGCCUAUGCUCGUUCUCCUCCAACUGCCGCCUCCACCGCCAUCAUCCCACUGGAGAUGCAACGCUGCACCACAGCUCUUGUGCUCUCCUCCUCAUCGCUACCCUGCCUGCUAAUGCUGGACCUGCCACUUCCUCCCACCUGUGUGUUGCUAUGUGCUGAUUUGCUUCCUUCCCACCUGUCGUGUGUUGGACUGGCAGAAAGCGGGCUGGAGGGUGGUGAAGAAGGAAAUGACCGGCACCAAUGUGGGGAACCUUCCAUGGCGUUCAACUCGGGAACCUACUACUGCCAUUCCGUCUUACUGAGUCAGCCAGAUUCACCUAGCCGCGUCACCACUGGUGCCCCUCCAUCAUGGGCGGUUCCGGCUUGGCGUUGGGCAGGGGCGAAGGGGCCCAAGGGGCAGCCAUCCGCUUUCGCGCUAGGGGCGGGCGAGUGGGCCUCGCGUUCUUGUGACGGUAGCGAGGGCAUCGGGCGGGCCCUCUCGCGCCAAUGCGCCCCUGCUAUCGCGGGCGAGAAGGAAUCCCUCGUCGACCCGUUCAGUGUUGAAAGCCGUGCGUCAAAGUGUCUUGGCGCAAGUGGAGGUGCGGUUGACAGCGUGAGUGGGGCAAGAGGUCUGCGCAUCUACCCCUUCCAUUCUCCCCAUCUCCCACCCCAACCUCCCUCCCUUCCUCCUCCGCCUCCCGUCCCGUUAUUUCGCAAUGAGGGAGUGUCAUUCCUCGGAGCAGAGGUGUGCUUUGAGGGGUCACCCGUAGACUGCAUCCACCCCGGGCGAACCUGUUGCGGAAUGCAAAGGCGCAAUUGGGAGAGAAAGGCUUGCCCAUUCGCCCUUUCUGUUCCCCCCAUCUCCCACCCUAACCCUCACAGCGUGGGAGUGGCGUUCCCCGGAGUGGAGGUGCGCUUUGAGGGGGUGAGCGCGUGCGCCAAGGUGCGAGUGGGCGCGAGGGGCGUGCCCACGCUGCCCAACCAGCUGCCCAACCAGCUGCCCAACCAGCUGCCCAACCAGCUGCCCAACCAGCUGCCCAACCACGCAGGCGCGCUGCUGAGGGGUCUGCGCCUACUCAACGACCAGCGCCGCCUCUUCUUCGCGCUUGAUGCCUGCUCUGGCAUCCUCAAGCCUGCCAGGAUGAAGCUGCUGCUGGGGCCGCCAGGCAGCGGCAAGUCAACGCUGCUGAGGACCCUGGCAGGGAGGGCGGAGAGGGAGCUGCGCGUGCAGGGCGAGGUCACGUACAACGGCCGCCCGGGCAGCCACUUUGUGCUGCCGCGCUCCGUGGCGUUUGUGCCUCAGACGGACUCCCACAUCGGCGAGAUGAAUGUGAGGGAGACACUCGAGUUCUCCGCUCGUCUGCAGGGGCCCGGCUACAUGGCAGACCUAUGUCGGCAGCUGGAGGAGAAGGAGCGGGAGAUGGGAAUCAAGCCCGACCAUGUCAUGCGAACCGUUGUCAAGGCGAUGGGCGAUGAGGGGCGGUGGGCAGAUGUGGUGGUGCCGUACGUCCUCAAGAUGCUCGGGCUGGACGUGUGUGCUGAUACCAUGGUAGGGGACAGCAUGCGGAGAGGGAUCUCAGGAGGCGAGAAGAAGCGAUUGACCAUCGCCGAAGCACUGCUGGGUGCAAAGCAGCUCCUCCUAUUGGACGAGAUUCCCAACGGCCUCGAUUCCGCCACUGCCCACCGGAUCAUACGGUCCCUGCGCAGCCUCACGCACGUAACUAAUACCACCACCCUCAUCUCCCUGCUGCAACCGGCACCGGAAACCUUUGAGCUGUUUGAUGACGUCAUGCUGAUGUCAGAGGGGCGGAUUGUGUACCAUGGGCCCAGGGAAGAGGUGUUGGGAUUCUUCCAGGAAAUGGGGUUUGUGCCGCCCGCCCGCAAAGGAGUGGCUGACUUCCUGCAAGAGGUCACCUCGCUAAAAGACCAGGAUCAGUACUGGCACCCAUCCCAGCCCCACCCGUACCGCUACGUGUCUGUCCAAGCCUUCCAGGAGGCCUUCCGAGCCUCCUGGUUCGGCAAGCAGAUGAAAGCAGAGCUCUCCAUUCCAUUCAAGAAGGAUCGGAUCACGGUCAAGGGAGAGGAUGAGGCAAAAGAGUUGAAAGACAUGGAGGAGGGUCAGGGGAAAGACGUUGACAAUGGGGGAGAGGAAGGGAACAGAGGCAAAGAGGAGGAAGGUGCGUCACGUGCACUGGCACAGCGGCGGUUUGUGCUUCCUCCUCUUGCGGCGCUCACCGUCCUGGCGGGCCGUGAGUGGCUGCUGAUGAGGCAGAACCUGCUGCUCUACAUCGUGCAGACCGUGCAGAUCCUCCCCCUCGCUAUAGUCACAAUGACAGUCUUCUGGCGCUCGCAGUUCACCAUCACGCCUCUCGACGGCAACUACUAUCUCGGAGCGAUGUUCUUCGGCAUAAUCACGAUGCUGUUCGGCGGCUUCAUCGAGAUCACGCUGCUCACGGCGCGCCUGCCCAUCUUCUUCCUCCAAUGGGACAACCUGCUCUUCCCCGCGUGGGCGUGGGCGGUGCCCAUGGCGCUGCUCUCUCAGCCCGUCUCCCUCUGGUCCGCUGGGGUGUGGACCCCCAUCACGUCACCUACUAUGGCAUCGGCUUCGCUCCCGAAUUCUCCCAGUGAGUUUCACCCGGGUAGCUUCAUCACCCAGCUAAUGCUGUACUUCCUCACCCACGCGGCCACGUCAGCGCUGUACCGAGCCAUGGGAGUCAUCUUCCGCAGCACUGUGCUCGUCAACACACUCAACAACUUCAUCCUCACGCUCCUCUUCCUGCUCUCCGGCUUCAUCAUCACCCAACGUACGUUCUCGAGGCGCGCAGCCUCUGGACCCACUGCCACUGGCUGGGCCGCUGCUGCUAUUGGUGUCUUCUUCACUCUCUUCUGCAACGCGGUUACCAUCCUCGCACUUAAAUAUCUCAACCGUAAGUGCCGCACUUACAUAUCUCAAUGUGUGCUUACUGCCUCCCUUCAUAUUGCCUCCCCUACCUUCUUCUUGCCUUUCCUCCCUUCCCCCUCCUUGCUUGCCUCCCCUCUCUUCCUGUUGCCUCCCCUCUUUUCCUUGUUGCCUCCCCUCCCUUCAAUAUGCCUCCCCUCCCUUCAAUAUGCAUCCCCUCCCUUCCUUUUGCCUCCCCUCCCUUCCUCUUGCCUCCCCUCCCUUCCUCUUGCCUCCCCUCCCUUCCUGUUGCCUCCCCUCCCUUCCUCUUGCCACCCCUCCAUUCCUCAUGGCCUCUCCUCUUCCCUCGCCCUCAUCCUCCGCAUCCGCUCACCCGCCCUACCCACCUCCCUGCCAGCAGCCUUGCCCAAGGAGCAGCCACAGAUCUCCCCAACACACCCCACUCCUUUUCUCUGCCUUCGCCUCGCCAUAUCCAACCCCACCGCUUCCUCCUUGCUUCCUUCCUCUUCCACCUUGGAUCAAGGCGCAGCCAGUGAUCUCCUACAACAUGGCAUGGUUCUCCCUUUCACCCCGCUCACCCUCUCAUUCCACAACGUCAACUACUCUGUUGACAUGCCCGCCGAGCUAAAAGACAAGGCGGGGCCGCCCGACCAGCGGCUGCAGCUGCUGCAUAAUGUGUCUGGAGUGUUUCGUCCCGGAGUGCUGACCGCCCUGAUGGGGGUGUCUGGGGCAGGGAAGACCACGCUAAUGGAUGUGCUGGCAGGGAGGAAGACCGGGGGGUACAUAGAAGGGGAUAUCCGCGUGUCUGGGUACCCGAAAGUGCUGGAGACGUUUCUGAGGGUGUCGGGGUAUUGUGAGCAGGAGGACAUUCACACGCCCCAGGUGACCGUGCACGAGUCCCUCCUCUACUCCGCCUGGCUGCGCCUGCCCCAGGAGAUCGAUAGAGAUGUGAUCCUGGUGAGUGGAUGGAGUUCGUUCGUGGAGGAGCUGGUGGAGCUGGAGGCGGUGAAGGGCGCGCUGGUGGGGACGGCAGGGCGGGACGGGCUGGCGGUGGAGCAGAGGAAGCGGCUGACCAUCGCAGUGGAGCUCGUCGCCAACCCCGCCAUCAUCUUCAUGGAUGAACCCACCUCAGGUACCACCUCCCCCUCAGUCAAUACCUCCCCCUCAGGUAACACCUCCCCCUCAGGUAACACCUCCCCCUCAGGUAACACCUCUCCCUCGAGCAUUGCCUGCCCACCUCCUCAGGCAACCGCUGUGCAUCAGAUUACACCUCCCCCUCAAGCAGCACCUGCCCAUCAGAUAACACCUAUUCCCUGCUUGCCUCUCUCUGCAUCCCCACACCCUGAGCAGGCCUGGAUGGAUGCAAAGGCAGCGGCCAUAGUGAUGAAGGCGGUGCACAACACAGGGUGCCCCAUUCAGCCUGGCGCCAACCCUGCAGUGUGGAUGCUGGAGGUCACGGCGCCAGCAGCAGCAGAGAGGCUUGGAGUCGACUUUGUCCACCUGUUCCGCCAGUCAGAGCAGUUCAGGUCCCUUCACUCACUCAUCCAUGAAUGCAGUGUGCCUCUCAAAGGCGCUCCGGACAUGUUCUUCCCAACGCAGCACCCCACAACGCUGCUCUCCCAGUUCACAACGAACCUGUGGAAGCGGCACCGCAUGUACUGGCGCAUGCCCGACUACAACGGCACCGCAUGUACUGGCGCAUGCCCGACUACAACGGCACCGCAUGUACUGGCGAAUGCCUGA